UAUUUGAAAGUAGCAGAAACAAUGGAAACAAGUGUUUUUGGUAAAACACAUUUAUUAAUUAUAUUUGAAAAAUGUUCCCUUAAGCCGAAAAUUGUUUCCCAUUGCAGAGUCAAAUUCAGUUCAGUUCGAAUGUGCAAGAGUUUCGUUUGGUUCUCGUGGAAUAAUGGCUCCGAUCUGGUGCUAGUUUUAUCACAAGAAAAAUAAUGAACACGAAAGCCGAUCUGUGGUGCUUUAUUCUGGCUUAUUUUCAGGUCAUCCGCUAGGUAUUCGUCAUGUGCAGACGGUACUGCUGUUCCUCAACCUGACCGUUAACUAUAUAGUCCGCCUGAGCGUGGGCUUGCGGGUGGUGGCCAUGACGGAUAAAGCAACCAAUAAUGAAACUUUUCCGCAAUUCGAUUGGACAGAGGCCGAGAAGUCCUACAUAUUCUCCAGCUUCAACUGGGGCUAUUUGCUGAUGCAGAUUCCGGGCUGCUUCCUUGUCCGGAAUCUGGGGGCCAAGCUGCCCAUGAUCGUGGCAACCUUUUUCGUGGCCCUGUUAAGUCUCUGCACGCCCAUUGGAAUUCAGAUGGGCGAAUGGAAGGCCUUCUGUGCGAUUCGGCUGGGCCAGGGUCUGUGCCAGGGCCUGAUUCUACCCUGCAUCCACGAGCAUCUGGCCAAGUGGUCGCCGCCCGAGGAGCUCAAGCAACUGGGAGUAGUCGCCUACUCUGGCACCUACUGCGGAACAAUCCUGGCCCUGCUCGGCAGCGGGUACAUUGCGGACAGUUCCAUCGGCUGGCCGGGAAUUUCGUAUGUUUCGGCAGCAGCCUGCCUCUGCUGGUGCCUGCUGUGGUUCUUCUGGGGCGAGAACGAGCCAGGAAGCUCGUACUGGAUUGGCUCGGACGAGCGGAACUACAUUGAGAGCUGUCUGAAAAGUAGCACCGCAUGCCCCAGGGAAGUCAUACCCAUACCGUGGCUGGCGAUACUCGGGUCGGUGCCGUUCCGUGCCCUGGUGGUGGUCCACUGUGCCCAACGCUGGGCCGACUCCACGAUGGAGGUGCAGAUACCUUCGUAUCUAGAUGGCAUCCUGCAAGUGGAAAUCACCCGGAACGGCCUGAUCUCGUCGCUACCCUACAUGGUCAAGUGGAUCAUGUCCCAUGUGUAUAUCCUGAUCGCCCAUGUGGCCAUAAUGCGGCACCUGAUCGGCCAGACUCCGUUGCAAAAGUGGAUCGUCACGAUAUCCACUUGGGGACCGGCCCUACUGUACAUUGCCAUUGGGUUCCUGGACCGAGCAAAUGCCGGGCUGGUCGUCGUCCUGAUGACCAUCAAGGAGGGAUUUAAUGCCGGCUCCAGCAUUGGCGGCACUUUGAACACCAUUGCCCUGUCGCCCAACCACUCAGCGGUCCUGAUGGGCAUCAUGAGUGUCUUGUCUGACGUCUUUACGCCGCUAACUCCUCUCGUUACGGGUGUCAUCGUUACGGAUCCGACGAAUCGUUCUCAGUGGCAGAUUAUAUUCUGCCUGAUCGCACUUGUAUUCUUCCUCAGCAACUGGGUGUACAUCAUCUGGGGCUCGAGCGAACUGCAGCCCUGGGAUGCCGGUGAUUUUCUGCAUGUGUGCACUGCGGAAUGUUCCGCAAGGGGAGAUCACCACGACUCACCCGAUCUAUCCAUUAGGGGAAAAAUUAUGCUCAGGGACCUGGCUCGCAGAGUAACGGAGGGCCUGGACAAGAUGAUCCCAGAUCAGGCUGAUCCGCAAAAGAAUAGCAAUAUGGCAAUUAAAGAUUAAUCACGUAUUGAUAGGCUUUUGAUAAAUUUGUAUACGGAAAUUGGAAGAUGUUACUUUUGGAGUAACACUAAAUAGUGACUCCAAGGAAAGUGAACCACUCAACAAAAAACGAGAGAAAACGUUGUGCGCCGCGGCCCUUGCCGCAUUUCUUUUCUGUCUUUCUUUUUAGCCGUCUAAUUUCGCUCUCUUUCGCCAGAGCGCGAUCACUGCACGAGGAAGAGUGUGUGUCAGAGAGAGAGCGAUAGAGAAUGAGUAAGCGCGUUACUGGGGGAAGCGUAGGCACUGCAAAUUCGUUCCUUCUGGCUAUACUAAUGGUCCGAUUUGACCCAGAUUCUCCAAUCUGCUAGAUAUGGUCAUUCUCUAUUGUUCUGCGUUUUUUGUUCACUGCCACCACAAAACUAAUACACCCCUAUAGCCAUAGGGGCCAAUCUGGUAUAACUAUAAUAAUUUUAUAAUUAUAAAAGCGACGUACUCUUUUUUGUGCACUCUUUCAAGAACAGCCGAAUGCUAUUGUACGUUAGAUCGGGUUGUUGAGCCAUACUUAUCUGCCCAUUCGAUUAUCCAAUCAAUUGGUUUGUGGGUUCUCCCCACAAAAACACCUAAUAAUAAAUAAUGAUGGCCACUAAGCUGCUUUUCACUAAUUUAAUCACUUAUUUUUAUCACGAAAUUGCAGCAAUUUCAAU